ACUGAGGGCACAGAGCAGGUUCCUCAAUCUCCCUGGAAUGGGCGACUGGAAGACAUACAUCAGCGCCGUACUGCGGGACAAGCGUAUAGAUGACGUGGCCAUCGUGGGCCAUUCAGACAAUCGUUGCGUGUGGGCCUCGAGGCCUGGAGGCUUGCUGGCUGCCAUCUCCCCACAGGAAGUGGGCAUACUCACGGGCCAUGACAGACGCACCUUCUUGCAGUCUGGGAUCAGCCUGGGAGGCCGACGUUGCUGCGUCAUUCGGGACCAUUUGCUAGAAGAUGGUGAUGGUGUUCUGGAUGCUCGGACCAAGGGACUGGAUGGUCGCUCUAUAUGCGUGGGACUCACACCCAAGGCCCUGCUGGUGCUCAUGGGCCGAAGAGGGGUGCACGGGGGCUCUCUUAACAAGACUACUCACCAUCUUAUCAAGGGCCUGCGGUUCCAGGGUAUGUAGGAUUCCAGAAGCCAGCGUGAAGUGGAGGGGAAUAAAUAUAAAUGUAAUGUAA